AUGAGUUUUAACCUGGACGACCUUUUUGAUACAGGGUCCCGACAGCAGCAGCAACAGCAGCAUGGAGGCCCAACAUACAUGCCUCCACCGCCACCCAGCGAUCCACCACCACCACCAGUUUUUAUGCAGCAAGAUCAAUUUGGUGUAAAUGCGACAGCGCUACCACCACCACCGCCACCGCCACCCCCAGCAGCAGCAGCAGCGGCACAAACGGUGCAGCCUUUUGAGGCGGUCGGUCAUGCUCCUAUCAUGACUGCACCUUAUCAAACCUAUUACGCCCCCUCACCCACUCCACAGGCGUACGGCGGGAACGGAUAUGCACUGUCUUCUCCACCUGUCCCGUCCAGUGAGUCACCAUCUGCACUUUUACCACAAGCGGCGUAUUACACGGCACCGACACCAAAACCGGUGGCCUAUGGCUCGUCGUAUCAAACUUCUCCGGGGGCACCAAUUGUGUCUCCCUCUACUGUACCUCCUACUUUGCAGAGUACUGCUAUGCCCUUUGUGCCUUCGCCGUCUCACCCUGAGCCCGCGAUCAAGGCACCCACUGCCAGUAAUAGCACCUCUGUACUUGCCCAGGAAGAAGAGGACAGGAAACAGUUGGAAAAGAUUAUCCAACUUCGCAAGGAAUUGGAAAAGGAACGCGAACGCGAGCGCAAGAAGCGUGAGGAACUCGAAACUUGGGGUUGUCCUUCUUGUACGUACAGGAAUUCACUGGAAGUGAACCGGUGUGAAAUGUGUGAUUCGAAUCGUCCAGGCUACCAUCCUCCACCGGAUGUUGUUCCUCCUUCCACAAUAAAAAGUGAUACACAUUCGUCAUCCAGUUCACCUUUAAAAAAGGUUGCGAUAUCGUCAGAAGUGGCUGGACCAACGGCAUGGGUUUGUAGUAUUUGUUUGGCUCCAAACGAGGCGCACAAUUCUCGUUGCAAAGUCUGCCGUAGCUAUCAAAAAAACGGCAAACCUAUUACUGGAGGUAAUGGAAAUCCUACAGGUGCUACGUCAGACGUUUCUAUGCCACCAACUGCUUGGCUAUGUGGAAUUUGUGGUAAGAAGAAUGCUGCCACUGCGGCGCGGUGUGGAGAUUGCAACAGUUACCAGAGCAACGGGGUGCCUGUGGUGGACCCUGAGCCCAAGGCUCAAAUAGUAGCGGAAACGGUUCCUACAACGUGGAAGUGUUCAGUGUGCACAUUAGAGAAUUCUGUUAGCGCUGCAGUGUGUGAGGCGUGCCAGAGUGGGCAACGUCCGCGUCACCUUGCUCCACCAAAGACAAAUGAGAAGAAAAAAUCAGGGAAUGAACCGCGUAAAAAUGACGUUCCUAAGACGUGGUCGUGUUCAACAUGUACGUACCAAAACGCCAUCGCAAAAGAGAAGUGUGAAAUGUGCUCCAACGAGCGUCCUUCACAGUACAAACCACCAUUGCCAUCGGGAGCAAAGAAAGAAGCUGAGGAUUCAGGUGAGGAUAUUCAGUGGCAAGAGGAUGAGGUCGCACGGGAGUGCAACAGGUGUCAUCUUCCCUUUAACUUCACACGACGCCGACACCACUGUCGGGCAUGCGGAUUUGUGUUUUGCGGUGCGUGCUCCUCCUUCCAAUUAGCACUGAAAAAGAAUGGCCCACUUGAGCGUGUGUGUGUGAGUUGCUACGAGGGUCAGAAGUAG